AUGGCUAAACUACUCUCGGCUGUGAGAGCACACCAAAAGCAUGGCAACAAAGUUUCACAACUCGCAAAAGGACUAAUAGCUCCUAAGUAUACAACUCUUGUCGAUCCUCCAACUCCGGAGCUCAAACUACCCACACAUACUUUCUCCAGAGCCAAUUUCAAUUUCGACAAUGGGAAACCCAAUACAACAUUCAUAAAUCCAAUCCCGUUGAUUGGCUUGAUUACCAGCUUGUUUAGUACCGGUAACCCCUGUGUUGAUCUCUUUUUCAAUGUGAUCAAGCCGGAGAAAGCAAGUCCGGCUGAGGUGGAGGCUACCUGUAUUUAUUUGAAACAACUGCUGCCGCUGGCCUGGUCGCACAAUCCGGUAACCACUCUUAAACUCAUCUGUAAUCUACGAGGUGAAAAAUGCUAUUUGGAAGCAUUUGACACGGCCGCGUAUUGGCUCCACCACAACCACCCCAAGACCCUAUUGCGCAGCAUCCCUUCUAUUGCUGUGUCGUUUGGGUGUUUUAUUGAUCCUGUCGAUAUUUUGUACUUCCUUCUAGAAGGCCGGGAGAGGAGGAGGGAAAAUGAAGAAGAGACAGAUGCCAGUAGUGGUAGUGCUCAAGAGAAAACCCUGGCAGAAAUGACGAAGUUGUUUAUUGAGAGGUAUGAGCGUGACCCGAAUUACAAGUUAUUACACGAUAGGGUUACAGACGUUUAUGUGGAACAGUUGAACUUUGGUAUGGAAAUAUUGAAGCGAAAAUUUAAGCGAUCGGAUAUUGAUGAUAAAGAUCGGUACUCCUUGGCCUAUGAGAUAACUGACGCUGCUGGCUGUUGCACCAUGGACACCAAAACCAUCAAUGCCACUUUGAUAUGUGAAAGCAUUGCGAGGAAGUUUUUUCCCCGAGAAUCAUAUCCGGAGUAUCAAGGCAUUGACGACACCCAAUACGCUAAAAAAAUUGAAGGUCGACUCAGGAAGGAGGUUUUGGUGCCCUUGGAGAAGACCGGCUAUUGUAGACCAAAUAAGCAAGGAAAGCCCUGCGAGAUUGAGACGUAUUUGGAGGAGGUGAAAGCGGACAAGUCCAAGAUUGACCCCGGUGCUUUGCUUCCACAUCAUAUCAUGGCCUUUGCGGAUCAUCCCAAUGUUGGGGAAGUGGCUGAGCUUCAAUGGAAAACAAUGGUGGAAGGCAUGAAAAAGAUAGGCAAGAUGAACAAUUGCUUGGCUGUAUGUGACGGCGGCAGAAUAUGCAUACGGGGAAAGGCGAGGGAGGUCUCACUGGCUUUGGGACUUUUGGUGUCUGAAUUGACCCAAGAGCCAUGGAACGGAAAUGCUGUCAGUUGGCACUCAACUCUACAACCGAUACAAGGCCAUGAUCUUAAGUCCAAGUCCAAAUUUAUGACGAAGAUGGACUUCGAGGGCUCAGAUAAAUACGAUCUUGAUAUUGAGGAAGUGCUUGACUCGAUUUUGGAACUGGCAGUGAAUGAGAAUUUGCAGCCGGAGCAGAUGGUCAAGAAGGUGUUUGUGUUCAGCAAGCAACACUUUAGCCAUGAGGCUUAUUCCUUAUGGGAAUAUGAUUAUAAUGAAAUAAAGAGGAAGUUUGAGGCAAAGGGGUACGGCGAUGCGGUGCCACACAUAGUGAUUUGGUUUAUGCCAGAUCUUUACUUAGAAUGGGAGAAGAUAGAGAUGCCGUGGACACAACCGGGGAUGACAAUGUUGAGUGGCUUCUCCGAAAACUUGCUCAAGUUGUUCUUAGAGAAUGAUGGGGAAAUUGGCCCAGAGCAUGUCAUGGAAGCCGCCAUCUCCGAAGAGAAGUAUCAAAAGCUGGCUGUAGUGGACUGA